GGCAACUGCGGAUUGCUUUACAGAAUCCCACCCGCAAAUCUUAUGCAACUUUUUCCUGCGUUGAAUAAACACUUUCCAGAACUUUUUGGGUUUGAAUCGCCAGAGCGCUUAUUUCCACUAAUCAUUGAACUUGAUUCAAGUGUAUGCUUUCCUUUCCACAAUUCUCGAAAUUUUAAGAAUAUUUUUUGUUCAUAUUUAGCCAUCUUUAUUGCUUUUGGUGGCAUGCAAGGUAUCUCUCGUGGAAAGUGGUUGCGCGUUUUCUUGAAGUGCACGGCCUUUAUAGACGAAAUCUUCGGUCAUUACUAUAACCAGGAGUAUAUAUGCUGUGCAGCGAAUCGGUUUAUGGGAUCUACCAGGUCCCCCUGGACAAAUGCUUUUUAUCCUCCUGUGCCCGAUGCCCCCAUGCCCAACCACCAGCAUAGAAACCUUGAGAAGUUACUCAAUACAGCCUUUUUGCACUAUGUUAAGUCCUAUUAUCCUGCCUAUACAACUACUUCCGUCUACUGCCUUGGGAAAAAAGGUGGUGUCCUGGUGUGUGCUUUAGUCAAAUCUCCAUUGGUUGAAAUUGUCUACUUGAUUGAUAUCAGUGUACGUUUUUUUCUGUAUGCAUUCAGCAGCUUUAUUUUAAGGCAAAUGGGUGAGAAGCCGGUUAUUCGAAUGGCCAGCUAUUGUCUUUCAGCCGCCUAUUCAAUAAAACUGAAGGGAGAUCAGUAUCAAACCAACGGGCUAAGUGACAUUUGUUUCAGCUUUUACGAUCACCGAAAUUUAUCCGAUGACUUGAAACUUUCUGCCAACAUUAAUCAAUCUCAUGUUGGGAACAUUGGUUGUUUGAUCGAAGAUGUCGAUAGUGGAGUCUUCGCAAAACUUAAAGCGGUAUUUCCAAUGCAAAUUAAACGGAUACUCCAGAGCCUUCGUGUAGACGGUUCUUUGGAUCCACCCAAGUCCAUCGCUUUCACGGAGGAGCUUACCGCCGCGCUAAUGUGUCGCACAGACAUGUGA